ACGCUAUUUUCAAAACUGGAGAAAAGAGACGCCCCCUUUUAUCCGCUCUUCCUUUCUUCUUCGCUCUCAUUACUCCGUAGAAAAAAAAGUAGUAUUGCUAUUUCUCUCUCUAAAAACGGUAGAGUUGGCUAUCUAGUGUGUGUGUAUAUAUAUACAUAUAUUAUAUAUACCCUAACGCGUAACUGCACUGCGAACGUAAGACGGUGUGUGUGAAUGCUAUUGUGGAUUCCGAGUUUAAAUUCGCUUCGCCGUCCGAUUUCAGACCGAUUCCACUCGUUUAAGCCCUCUCCAUGGCGAACAAUCCAGGAGAAACCACGUCCGACGACUUCCUGGAGCAGAUUUUAGGGUUUCCGGGCUACGCCUCCGGAGCCGACGGUAACGAUGGCGGGUCGGCUGCGAUGAUGUUGCAACUCGGCUCGGGUGACGGCUCGUCUCACUUGGGCGCCAUGGGGGUUGGGCUCGGCAUCGGCGGCGGCGGGUACGGAGUUGGGAGCGGAGGUAGCGGUUUCCCGUUAGGGUUGAGUUUAGAGCAAGGGAAGGGAGGGUUUAAUGAUGCCUCGGGGAGUGGGAAGAGGUUCCUUCGCGACGACCUCGUUGAUUCCCGCGGUUCAUCUCUCAAAUCGGGGUUUCAUGGGCAGCCAAUGACAAACACAGUUCCUUCAGGACCGCAUCCUCCUGCAAUUCGCCCACGGGUUCGGGCUAGGCGAGGCCAAGCAACAGAUCCACACAGCAUAGCUGAAAGGUUGCGACGAGAAAGAAUAGCUGAAAGAGUAAGAGCAUUGCAGGAGUUAGUUCCCAGUGUCAACAAGACUGAUAGAGCAACUAUGGUUGAUGAAAUUGUGGAUUACGUGAAGUUCUUGAGACUCCAAGUGAAGGUGUUAAGCAUGAGCAGAUUGGGAGGAGCUGGUGCAGUGGCUCCACUUGUCACAGACGUUCCAAUAUCGACCAUCGAGGAAGAAGGCAACGAAGGUGGAAGGGCUCAGCCAGCCUGGGAGAAAUGGUCAAACGAUGGUACAGAAAGACAGGUUGCUAAGCUUAUGGAAGAAAACGUAGGUGCAGCAAUGCAAUUUCUUCAAUCAAAAGCACUCUGCAUUAUGCCCAUUUCCCUUGCCUCUGCUAUCUACCACACACAACCCCCUGACACCCCCACACUUAUGAAACCCGAGUCUAAUCCCCCCUCUUAAUCUUUCAAAUUCGACACAUCCGUAAUUCCCACUUAAUCCAAACGUCCUAAUUUCACUCCGUAUUAGUCGAUAUUCAAUCCCAGUUCUACCCAAAAAAAAAUUGCAGCUUCAGGUCAACAUUAAUCGAAGGCUGACUUGGCACUCCCGUGUAUUAAAGGUAAUGAAAGCGUAAGCGUUUUGUUCUUUGCUUCUCAUCAUAUACUAUUGUGCUUUUUCUUUUUUUCUAUCAAUGGUGGGGGGGCAUAUGGAUGGAAGUUGUGGUUAAUGAUAAAAGUAAUCUGGUAGUGGGAUUUUGGGGCCCUUAAAAGGGGUGACUGCGCGUAGUACAUAUUGUAAUUGUAGUGUUGUUUAUCAGUGGAAGUGGAAGAGAAACGAAUGGUUGCACUCAGAUAAUGUUUAUUUUUUGCCGUAAAGUAGGAUCUCUGGUCCAAUAGAAAUCAUAUGUACCCAUUUGGUCUUUUCUAGACUUAGUGGCGUUGAUUUCUCAAGGUAAGCUCUGACUUA